AGAGUKUGUGUCAUAAGCUCGWCAACAGACAAGUCGUUUAAUCACCAUUUGAAUCAACAGUACCGACAAAAUAGUGUACCAUUAAUAAGCAAACUGUGGAUGAAUGGCAACAAAACUAACGGACAACGGAUGCGAUUUCACGCCUACGAACAAAAUCCGUCGCCAAUUGUCAAACAAUUAUCGGACGAGUUGGUCACCUUCGGGUCGCUAGGAUUGAGCGAAACUGUGUGCGAWGCYAUCGAGUCGAUGGCCAUUACAGAGCCGACAGCUAUUCAACGGGCAACCAUACCGUUGGUAUUGACRMACCGGAACGUUGUGUGUUCGGCCGAGACGGCCAGCGGCAAAACGCUGGCCUAUUUGGCUCCAGUUAUCCAAAUGAUUCGCGCAACCAAAGAGCAAACCGGUGACGAUAGCAAUCAGCGGACACCGCGCGGUCUGGUUGUUGUGCCCUCUCGUGAAUUGGCCCAACAAGUGGGACAAGUGGCCCAACAGAUGGGCGCCUACUGCGGUGUCGGUGUGGCCGUUAUGAUGGGCGGUCAGCCAAAACAUAUGACUCACUCGGGAAUGGAUUUAAUCAUAUCGACUAUCGGUUUGGUUCGGCCGAUGUUUGAGAGAAAUAUCUAUUCAUUCAAAUGGCUAAACCAUUUGGUGAUMGAUGAAAGCGAUACAUUGUUUGACGAUACGUUUGGUAGCGAUAUCUUAGACAUAUUGGCCAAUGUUAUGGUGAGAGACAAUGACAACAAAACUGACAGUGAUAAUGAAGAACAUUAUUCAUCUGAUGGACCACCGGAACCGCCAAUUGGUACCCAAUUGAUGUGUGUAAGUGCAACAUUGCCGACAAAUUUACCGCAAACACUGGGAAAGAUGGUCGACAUUGACGCAAACAUUGAUCGUAUAUCUACUCAACGAUUGCAUCAUAUUAUGCCACACGUGCGACAAGACUUUUAUCGGCUACAUAAAUACGAUCGCGACUUGAAACUCAUCGAACUGGUCAAGAAAGAUGUCCGCGACGGCCGGCCGUUAAUGAUAUUCACCAAUCGAUCGGAUGCCAGCAAUUGGGUCUAUCAUUAUCUCAAUGAAAAUGGUGUUCAAUGUCUUCGACUUAAUGCCGAACUAUCAGAUGAUGAACGUAUCGAUCAGUUCGAACGGUUUCAAAGAGGUGACUGUAAUGUUAUUUCGUGUACCGAUUUGGCCUCAAGAGGUUUGGAUACCGUACGGGUACGCCAUGUAAUCAACUUUGAUUGUCCACGUUAUGUAUCUGAUUAUAUUCACCGAUCGGGACGUACGGGUCGUUUAGGUGUCAACGGGCAGUGUCUGGUCAGUACGUUUGUGUCGUUUAAGCCCGAUAUCUAUAUGUUACAGAAACUAGAGUACGCCCUACGGGUAAACAGUCCCAUUGAAUCGGUCGAUGCAAACAUUAAACAACAAUUAACUAAUAAGUUAUCAGUUAGAAAGUACCAGUAGUUUAUAUAUAYUAUAAAUUA